CAACUCCCACUUUUUUUCGUAUUUUCUUUCCUUCAAUGAAUAACACACCUCUCUCCCAACCAAAUGUUCUUAAACCUUCAUCUUCUCUUCUUCCUCUUCUUCAUCUUACCUUCCUUCCCAUCUCUCCUCGCUCAAAGCGUCGACGUUUCAUCAUGUCCCUUAAACGUAUCCAUCCUCCGCCCCGUCUUCUCCGACUCCAGCCGACCCCGCUCUUCCAUGGAGUGCCACCACAUCCGCCAGGGUCUUCGUCUCCUCCUCUCCGACUACCUCAGGCGCACCGGCUACUUCUUUCCGCCUGCAAACACCUCCGAGUCGUGUUGGCAGUCUUAUCAGUCCCUCGUCCCCGACUUCGACAUCCGUUCCUCGUGCGGUUUCCAAACUGCUUGGAUUUCCCAAGGUUGCAUGAACUUAACCACCAAGGUUGAGUUCGAAGCUUUGAUCCCCAACACUACGUUAGACGACGUCGUUUCCAAUUGUAACCAGUCCUUGCAGGGUUCCGCUUGUGCUUCCUGUACUACAAGCUUGUCCAAUUUGCAAACUUCGUACUUGACGGAUAAUUCGAUCGCAAACGUCUCUGACUGUUCGGCCUACCCGUCUAUUUAUGCAGCUGCUGUUGCCAACUACUUGGGACCAACUGAUGAAGGUACGGCCUCUUGUAUAUUUUCAAUUCAGCUCAGUGAUAAUCAUGGUAGCAAAGGUAAGAGUGAGCAAAGAGGUGUGAUUUUGGGUGUGUUAAUAGGGGUCGGUGUCGGUUUAGUCGUUUUGAUUGGUGGGUCUUGGUUUGUUUAUAGAAAAUAUCAGGAUUCAAAGAGGCAGAAAGGGAGGGAUAGGAUCAGGAGCCUUGAGAUGGGUAGUUUAGGUGGUUCAGGGUUGGCUUCAUUUAGUGAAAGUACUCAUUUAGUUAAGUUUACGUUCGAUGAGAUUAAGGAAGCCACUAGGAACUUCUCUAGAGAUAACAUGAUUGGGAAAGGAGGCUAUGGGAAUGUGUACAAGGGUUACUUGCCUGAUGGCUCUGAGGUUGCUUUCAAAAGGUUCAAGAAUUGUUCUGCGGCUGGUGAUGCCAAUUUUACGCAUGAAGUUGAGGUUAUUGCUAGUGUUAGGCAUGUGAAUCUUGUUGCUUUAAGGGGAUACUGUACAGCUACGCCCACGACCCCAUUAGAGGGUCAUCAGAGGAUCAUUGUUUGUGAUUUAAUGAAGAAUGGCAGUUUACAUGAUCAUCUGUUUGAUUCCAUGGAAAGGAGACUUAGUUGGCCUCUUCGUCAAAAGAUUGCGCUAGGGACAGCUAGAGGACUGGCUUAUUUGCACUAUGGGGCACAACCAGCAAUCAUUCAUAGGGAUAUCAAAGCGAGUAAUAUUCUUUUGGAUGAGAAAUUUGAGGCCAAGGUAGCAGAUUUUGGUCUUGCAAAGUUUACACCAGAGGGGAUGACACAUUUGAGCACCAGGGUAGCUGGAACAAAGGGAUAUGUCGCCCCUGAGUAUGCAUUGUAUGGGCAAUUGACUGAGAGGAGUGACGUGUAUAGCUUUGGUGUAGUGCUUCUUGAGAUGUUGAGUGGAAAGAAGGCGCUCACUAUGAGUGAUGACAAUCAACCUUCUCUAGUGGCUGAUUGGGCCUGGUCAUUGGUGAGGAAUGGGAAAACUUUAGAUGUUAUUGAAGAUGGCAUGCCAGAGUUGGGGCCACCAGAAGUUCUGGAGAAGUAUGUAUUGAUAGCAGUUCUUUGCUCUCAUCCGGAGUUACUAUGCCGGCCAUCCAUGGAUCAGGUUGUUAAAAUGUUGGAAACAGACAUUUCUGUUCACUCAAUCCCUGAGCGGCCUAUUCCUCUGGUAGCUCCUAUAAGUGACAUUGAGAAAUCUAUAAGCAGUAAUGGCUCUAGUCAGCUCUCAAGUUCAGCUGGUUAUCGGACGUUUACUUAUGAAAGUAGUCAUCAUUCUACCAGUAAGGAGGAAGGGAUAAGUUCAGGCUUUUUUGAAUAGAAAGUUUUUGAUAAGCACAAUCUAACAUAAUAGGAUCAUUUAGCUCGCUAAUGGUGCUUCCCUGAUUGGUAUUCUCUCCAAUGGUGCUUCACUAGUUCAAUUUGCAUCUGCUGUUGUAAAAAUACAAUAGAUUUACAAUCAAGCUAGGUUCAUUUGAAUUCAAAUGAUAUAGGAUAUAUAUAUAUGUAUAUAUAUAAAUGGUGCCACGUUUUGCAAGUAUUUAAUGGUGUACAGUAUAGCAACUUUCUCUAGCACAUCAAUUAAAUGAUGUUCUGUGUUUUUUUGAAAAUUCUUCUUGUAUAAAAUGUUUUUACCAAGUGCUGUAGCAUGGAGUUUUGGACUUAUGUAACAAAGGCUAUUGCAAGAAUAUUAGUCCAUUUGUAGCUUUCUGCAAGCACUGUUGCUUUUACUUAAUUUUGAGUACUAUUAUACUAUUAAAGGAUGCGUAUAUAGAAUUUGAUGCAAAUAAAUCUGUUUGAUGGCUUCUAUUCUUUAUAGAUUUGUUCUUUUGAACAGUUGAAGGUUGGCAUAUUUGCAAAAGCAAAUCACACGAUGUGCAACAGAAAGUAUGGGUGGCACGCUGCAGAACUGAUGCAGCUCAUGCUGGUGCAAGCUUUUAAGAAAACGGGCGAUGCUCGUCUUGCACAUGCUUUUUCAAUUCAGCAAUGUGCUUCUUGAGAUAUGAGAGUGAGUAGAGUGCACCCAUUGCAGUUGCCGGGACUUGCAUUUCGUAUGUACCGAGGAGGCAUAGCUUGAUGAUCACUGAAGAUGGUUGAAUUGAAUCUGCUGUGUCUGAAAGUGAAAUGAGCACAUAAGACCAUAAAGUGGUAGUUGUUCUUCUGCAAUGUGGCAUCUCAUAGUAGAUCAACAAUAUUUGUGAAGCUCACUGUCUUAAACAUGAGCUAAAAUGUCUUAUGUCUAUAAGAAAGUAUUAAUUUGCUUAGGGUCAUAGGUGUAAAGUGCGCCUUGUUCAUUCUCAGAGAUCUGGCCUGAAUUUGGGUCUAAAUUGGAGGCCUUGUUUUAAUUUUAACUUUAUGGACCUCGAUUUUCGUGGCUAAGAAUAGAUCUUGCAAGUUGAAGGCCUCAUCGGGUCAACAUUUCUAUU